AUGUUGAGAUCGAUAGUCAGACCUAUUGCUAACCCUCUCUUGAGGAAUACAAUAGUUAAGCCAAGGUUUUUUUCGUGUGCCAGAUCCCAUUUGGAUACGGUCAAUCAUAAAUUGAACGUCCAGUCUUCUAUGUACAAAUAUUUGGUGAACGGUCCUAAAUUUGUCAAAUAUACUAGUCAGCACGAGUGGUUGGCCGUUUUUGAAGACGACACUGCUUUUGUGGGUAUAACCAGAUAUGCCAGUGAGGCAUUAGGGGACGUUACCUUCGUAGAAAUUCCAGAAGUCGGUGAUCCUGUCGAAGUUGGUGAGUCAAUUGGAUCUAUUGAGUCUGUGAAAAGUGCAAGUGAGAUUUAUUCACCAGUCAGUGGAGAAGUCUAUGCUGUUAAUGAAGCUUUAGAGAGCACACCAUCCUUAGUUAACGAAGAUCCACAAGGUGAAGGAUGGAUUGCUCAAAUCAAACUAAGCGAUCCAAAGGCCAUUGAAAGUUCUGAAGAAUUAAUGGACAUUGAGGAAUAUGAUAAAUCUUUAGAAGACCUAUAA